GAGAUGAAAAUCCAAUCCAGCUCUUACCAACAACUACCACUCUCGCGCACACUUCUCUGUGAAAUCCUGUGUCUCUUAAAGAGGUGGAGACAGAGGGACGGACUCAGAUCUGAGCUUCAUGCCCUCAAUCAAUCAAUCAAUCAAUCUCAACCGCCUACUCUUUUCAACCUCAAGCACUGAAUUUGGAGGAUUAAUUAAUCAAUGGCAAAAUCGCGUCAACAAUUUUCAAGUCAAGAUUCCUUGAUGUCACCCCCUGCUGGAAGAUCGAGAGAAUGGGAAGGCCCAUCAAGAUGGACUGAGUACUUGGGUCCACAAAUGACACCUCCAACGACUUCUAGGAGCUCUAGGAAUGCUGGUCCUGAUGGACAGGUUCAAGGUUCAGGGGGGUCUCAAAAGGGGUUGAACAUGAAGUGGGUAGUCCAACUUACAGAAGUUGCUGAAGGUCUUAUGGCUAAAAUCUAUCGGUUGAAUCAAAUCUUGGACUACCCAGACCCAGUCGGCCAUGUAUUUUCUGAAGCAUUUUGGAAAGCGGGUGUGUUCCCUAACUAUCCAAAAAUUUGCAUUCUGCUCUCAAAGAAGUUUCCAGAGCAUUUUAGCAAAUUACAACUUGAACGUGUUGAUAGGGCUGCUUUGGAUGCUUUGCAUGAUAGUGCAGAACUUCAGUUGCAGAGCUUGGAACCAUGGGUUCAGCUGCUUCUUGACUUGAUGACAUUUCGUGAACAAGCUCUACGACUUAUAUUGGAUCUAAGUAGCACAGUUAUUACUUUGUUGCCCCAUCAGAACUCGCUUAUACUACAUGCAUUUAUGGAUCUCUUUUGUUCCUUUGUUCGUGUUAACCUUUUUUCUGAGAAGAUACCAAGGAAAAUGGUGCUUCAAAUGUAUAACCUUUUACAUGCCAUGUCAAAUAACGACCGAGAUUGUGAUUUUUACCAUAGGUUGGUUCAAUUUAUAGACUCUUAUGAUCCACCACUGAAAGGAUUACAAGAGGACCUAAAUUUUGUGAGCCCACGUAUUGGAGAGGUAUUAGAGGCUGUGGGUCCUGUUAUUUUCCUAUCAACAGAUACAAGGAAGCUUAGAAAUGAGGGAUUUUUGAGUCCGUAUCAUCCUCGAUAUCCAGACAUACUUACAAAUUCGGCUCACCCAAUGAGAGCGCAGGAUCUAGCAAAUGUUACAUCUUACCGGGAAUGGGUAUUGUUUGGGUAUCUUGUUUGUCCGGAUGAGCUACUUCGCGCCACUAGCAUUGAUAUUGCUAUGGUUGCACUGAAGGAAAAUUUAGUUCUUACAUUAUUCAGGGAUGAGUACAUACUUCUGCAUGAGGACUAUCAUUUAUAUGUUCUGCCACGGAUAUUAGAAUCAAAGAAGAUGGCAAAAUCAGGACGUACAAAGCAGAAAGAAGCGGAUCUGGAGUAUAGUGUUGCAAAGCAGGUUGAGAAAAUGAUAAGUGAAGUGCAUGAGCAAGCAUUAGUAUCUUGUGAUGCCAUACAUCAUGAGAGGAGAAUAUUAUUGAAGCAAGAGAUUGGAAGAAUGGUGCUUUUCUUUACUGAUCAACCUAGUUUAUUAGCUCCAAACAUUCAGAUGGUGUUUUCUGCCUUGGCUUUAGCUCAAUCUGAGGUCAUCUGGUUUUUCCAACAUGUAGGAAUUGCAUCAUCAAAAUCUAAGGCUGCACGAAUGGUACCGGUGGAAAUAGAUCCAAGUGAUCCAACUAUUGGGUUCUUAUUAGAUGGAAUGGACCACCUAUGCUGUUUAGUGCGCAAGUAUAUUGCAGCAAUUCGAGGUUACGCAUUAUCAUAUCUUUCUUCCUGUGCUGGUAGAAUCCGUUUCUUGCUGGGCACUCCAGGAAUGGUGGCUCUUGACUUAGAUGUGAGCUUGAAAGGACUUUUUCAGCAAAUUGUUCGGCACCUUGAAAACAUACCUAAACCACAGGGUGAAAAUAUUUCUGCCAUCACAUGCGAUCUAUCGGAUUUCAGAAAGGACUGGUUAACGAUAUUGAUGAUAAUCACAUCUUCUCGGUCAUCUACAAAUAUAAGACAUUUGGAGAAAGCUACAGUCUCCACUGGGAAGGAAGGAUUACUAUCAGAGGGAAAUGCUGCAUACAAUUGGUCCAGAUGUGUUGAUGAACUGGAGUCUCAAUUAUCAAAGCAUGGAAGUCUUAAGAAGCUCUAUUUCUACCACCAGCACCUUACAGCAGUCUUCAGGAACACCAUGUUUGGACCAGAAGGGCGUCCUCAACAUUGUUGUGCAUGGCUCGGUGUUGCAAGUAGUUUUCCUGAGUGUGCUUCUCCCAUUGUUCCAGAAGAGGUAACUAAAACUGGUCGGGAUGCGGUACUUUAUGUUGAAUCUCUCAUUGAAUCAAUCAUGGGAGGAUUGGAGGGAUUAAUCAACAUUCUUGAUUCAGAAGGAGGAUUUGGUGCCCUUGAGAUGCAGCUUCUUCCGGAGCAGGCAGCUUCUUAUAUCAAUCAUGCAUCUAAAGUUUCAAUUCCUUCAACUAAAUCUCCAAAGUUAGCAGCUGGUUUUCCUUUGCCUGGCCAUGAGAGCUAUCCUGAAAAUAAUAGUUCUAUAAAAAUGUUAGAAGCUGCAAUGCAGAGGUUGACCAAUUUGUGCUCAGUUUUGAAUGAUAUGGAGCCUAUAUGUGUUCUAAACCACGUCUUUGUCUUGAGGGAGUAUAUGAGAGAAUGCAUCCUUGGGAACUUCAGGAGGAGAUUGCUUGCAGUACUUAAAACUGAUAAUGAUCUUCAACGACCUUCUAUUUUGGAGUCACUAAUUCACAGACAUAUCAGCAUUGUCCUUCUCACAGAGCAGCAUAUUAGCAUGGAUUUAACGCAGGGUAUCCGAGAAGUUUUACUCACAGAAGCCUUCUCAGGACCAGUUUCUUCUCUGCACUUGUUUGACAAUCCGACGGAACAACAUACUGGUUCAGCCGCUGAAGCUGUAUGUAACUGGUACAUAGAAAACAUAAUCAAAGAUAUCUCAGGUGCUGGAAUCCUGUUUGCACCCAUUCAUAAAUGUUUCAAGAGCACAAGGCCUGUUGGUGGAUAUUUUGCUGAGUCAGUCGCUGAUUUGAGAGAACUACAGGCAUUUGUUCGCAUUUUUGGUGGCUAUGGAGUUGACAGGCUUGACCGUCUGCUGAAAGAACACACAGCUGCUCUUUUAAAUUGCAUUGACACAUCAUUGCGAUCAAACCGUGAGGUGCUAGAGGCAAUUGCUGGCAGCCUGCAUUCUGGUGACCGAAUAGAAAGAGAGGCAUCUAUGAAGCAGAUUGUAGAUGCGGACACAGUGAUUGAAUUUUGUGCUCAGGCUGGGCUGGCCAUGGCUUUUGUUGGGCUUCUAGCUGAAGCUGCUGGAGCUGUGCUUGAAGAAGGAGCACCCUUGAUAUAUUCAUUGCUAGCUGAGGUAGUUAAGCAUAUACCUGAUGAAGUACCUGAAAAGAAGGAAAUUAGGAGGUUGAAAGGAGUGGCAAAUAGUAUUGGUGUAGUCUGUGAUCAUGAUUCCCAGUGGGUCAGAUCAGUCUUGGAAGAAGUUGGGGGUGCAAAUGAUGGUUCAUGGAGCUUGUUACCAUAUUUAUUUACCACCUUCAUGACAUCUAAUGUUUGGAACACCACUGCCUUCAACGUGGAAACGGGGGGCUUCAACAACAAUAUCCAUUGCUUGGCAAGGUGCAUUAGUGCUGUGAUUGCAGGAAGUGAGUUUGUUAGAUUGGAGCGUGAACAUCAGCAGAGACGAUCUUUUUCAAAUGGACGUGUUGAUGAGACACUAGAUCCUGAAAUUCAGAGUCAUUUGUCAGCUGAAGCAAGCAUAAAGUCCACAUUGCAACUCUUUGUCAAAUUCUCUGCAGGCAUUAUACUGGAUUCUUGGAGCGAAACUAACAGAUCUCAUCUUGUAGCACAGCUUAUCUUCCUAGAUCAACUUUGUGAGAUCUCGCCAUACCUUCCAAGAAGUUCUCUGGAACCCUAUGUUCCUUAUGCCAUUCUCCGUUCAAUAUAUAGCCAAUACUACACAAAUAAUCCAUCCUCGCUGCUGGCCUUGCUAAGCGUAUCACCCCGCCAUUCACCUGCUGUAUCACUAGCUCAUGCAUCCCCUGUAGUCCGGCAGCUCCGCGGUGACUCAACCCCUCAGUAUGGUGCUCAUGAUUCGGGUUACUUUAAAGGAUCAUCAUCACAUAGUCAGGAGCACGUUUAUGAUAAUGACAAUGGAACUCUACGGGGGACUGAAAACAAACACCGGAAUGUUCGUCGGUCUGGGCCACUGGAUUACAGCUCAAGCCGUAAAACGAAGUUUGUUGAAGGCUCAAAUUCGGGGAGUACAGGUCCCAGUCCAUUACCAAGGUUUGCAGUAUCGAGGUCUGGUCCAAUAGCAUACAAGUAGAAGGAUCUCCAACAACAAAGAGAGGAGGGUGGUAAAUUAUCUGCUUUUCGUUAAGGAUUAGUUAUUAAUAAGUAUAUAUGCUUGAGCUAGUUCAUACAAAUUUUGACAUAAUGUAUACAUGAAAUCACUUUCCUUUUUGAAGUAGCCUUGGUCAUGUAAAUUAAUGCCUUUUACGCCAUUCCCUAGAACCUCGAGGCUGUUUAUCAGAACUAGACAUUACAAUUUGCAAAUU